CAAUUUUUAAAUUAAAUUUUGUUGUAAAACUGUGCCAGUCCAUUUUGGUAGGAAUUUAUUCAAAUUGCUGGAGCUCUUUUUACUGGCAACGAUUUUACCAGUCUUGCACCCUAUUUACUCGAGGAUUAAAUCCUAGAAUAGCCCACCCCUUAGCGACUUUUGAAAUCUCGCCAAGUGGUGAUCAUUACUUGGGUCAACGUUUUUUUUUUAUUUUUAAAAACAAUUUAAUUUACUACAAAUUUAUGAAAAUAGUUUAAUAUAUUAAAAUACAAAAAAUAACUUACCUUUACUCUGAUGGCUAAUCUUUCGUCUUAGCGUAAGUUUAUAUAUCAAUUCACCAACCCAGUUUAUGAAUUUUGGAGCUGACUCCAAAAAGUUAAGGUAAAGGGUAGGAUGAGUGGGUAUUUCUGAACAGCCGUUGUGGUCGGACGUUCAAAAUUUAUGCUCUUUUUGGUUUCGGCGUAUCUCCCCUAAGUAUCUUCCAGGAACCUUGUCAAACUUAUAUCGUUUCUGUCUUUUCCUUUAGUUGUCAUUUUAAAUAACUGUAUAAAGUUUCAUGAACCUAAAGUUGAUAUUUAUGGAGGAAUGGGCAUUAUUAUAAAGGAAUUGAUUUUUUGAUAUAACUUUAAAGAUAUUCAAUAGAUUCCAUGAUUCGAUAUUUUAUAAUUCUUAUUUAAUAGUAUGAGGUGAAAUUUGUAUAUUUCCCCUUAUCGAUUUGAGCUGGGUUUUAAAAAGUUCAAAAACUACUUAGGUUAUUGAAAAUUUAUAAAAUAAUUUUAUUGAUUUAUGAACUAUUAUAAGAAUAUUUAUAAAAUUAUAGCAAAAGAACAACAGUAAUGAGAACAACAGAAAAUGUCCAUUUCUUCAUAAAUAUUUACUAUGUGUUUAAUUUGUUACCUAAUAAUCUUAACAAUUUUUUCCCUUUGAGAACUUAAAGGAAAUACCACAUUUAUUGCCUGCCGGGUGCAGGUGGUUAUACUAUAUCAUUGAAAAGUGAUAAUCUAUAAAGUUAAAUUUUCUUUUUUUUUGCAACCUUUUUGGUUUUUCAACUUUUGUGAUGAUUUUAACAUACAAUAUGUUAAUGUCAUUAAAGAACAUAUUUUGUGCAAAAAUAGUUUGUCGAGGAUAAUAAUAUGCCUCUAGCUAUCACUUAAUCAGUUUUAUUGACACAAACUUUAGGAAAGUCUUGUCACGUGAUCCAUCAUCAAGCGCGUUAUUCUGAAUUUUAUUUUUAAUUCUUGCCUAAUCUUUUUUGUUGCUUAGAUUUUCUGAACUUUUUGCAGUUCUUAUUAGUUAGGCAAUGUGUCUAAUGUAAAUAAGUAUGAAUGUGUUUGCAUUUAUAUGUGUCUGUUGUCGGAGAAUUAUCUUCUGAUGUAGUAUACUCACAACAUUCCUUUGUUUAAUUCUGUAGUUCUUGAUCUCUUUCCUUGAUUCUAGUGAAUUUUUAAAAAAAUCAUAAACUUAUACUGUUCAAAAAACAUAACUCUUUUUCCUGUUUAAAUGCCUUUAUAUAUAAUCUGUUUAUUUUAUCAAUUGUUAGAAUAGUUGUGAAAACUAUCAUUGUUCUGAUAUUUGCUUUUCAUUAGAGAUAAGACUGUCGUAAUUUUGGAGUCCUUGUAACUCCUUGAAUUUCUUCUGAUCUCUGUAUGAACCCUGCUUAUAUCUUUUACUCAACAGCAUUGUAAUGUAGCUAGUGGUUGAGGUUUGAAUUAUAGUGAAAAUAAUAUAUGUACGAUUUGUUUCUAGAUCUGUCUUUUGGAAAGGCAUUCUGUGUUUGAUUUAUUAGAUUAGUUUCAUGAUAUGGCUUCUGAGUUACCAUUUAAGUUUUUUUUUUUUAAGUAAAGAUUAUUUAUUUGCAUCAUUUAUUCUGAAGGAAUGUUUUUAUUUUCAUGUAACAUUAUACAGACCUGCCAACUUGUACGGUUUCGCCGUACAGUGUACGGUAUUUUACUCGAUCGUACGGUUGUACGGACAAGCGUUAAAAUCGUACGGUUGCGUAAUCAUUUAUAGUUCGUUUUUUUUUAAAAAAAUAAAGAAAAUAAAAUUAACAGCAUGCUUAAAGUCACAAAUUCAAAGGUUUACAAGAUUUUAAAUACUAGUUAGGAAACUCAUCACAAAAAAACGAAACCCUGACAUGUUUUAAUCUGGUUGGUAUUGAGAGCCGAUCGCGUGACGCUAAAACAAUCGUUAGCCAAUGAGAGUGAGUAUGCGCCUCGUCGAAAUUAGCCAGUGGGAACGCUGAUGUAGGAGAUCACAUGGCCGGUAAUCACAGACUAAAUUAAGAGCGCUUUUUGGCAACGGUAAUGUUUUUGUUUACAAUUUGUUGCUCAUGGAUUGCAGCGUGAUUUUGUUUUAUUUGUAAAAAUGCCACCUAAAGUUUACAAUCAAACUUUUUUAGAAUCUUAUUCUAAAAGCUUUCCUUGUAUAAUUAAGUGUAACAAAUCGCAGCACUAUGCCUUUUGUAAUGUUUGUGGACUAGAUUUCAAAAUAGCACAUGGCGGUAAAAGCGAUAUUAAUGAUCAUAUACGCACAAAGAGACACAAGGAUUUAGCGGAAUGUGUUAAUAAAAAUGAAAACAUCAGUAAGUAUUUUGCGUCUGGAAGUGAUGACGAUGUAAUACGGGCUGAAGUGUAUUUUACGUCUUUCAUUGUCGAGCACAAUCUACCUAUUAGUGUCGCAGAUCAUGCAGGUCCAUUAUUUAGGAAAAUGUUCCCUAAAAGCGAUGUUGCUAAGAAGUAUGGUGCAGGACGAACAAAAACUGCUGCUAUUAUUUCAAAAAUAGCUGAUGUGAAGAAAGCUUCAAUUGUUGAAUCUCUUCAAAAGCAAAUGUUUGCUGUUGCUACUGAUGGUAGCAACGAUACAGAUGCGCAACUUUAUCCCAUCGUUGUAUCUUACUUCGACGCAAAUGCCGGUGAAGUCAAGGUAUCGUUGCUUGCCGUGCCGACUUUAGAUUUAAGCUCUACAGGACAGAACAUAGGUAAUUUGGUGUUAAAAACUUUGAAAUUAAAAAAUAUUCCUUUGGAAAAUUGUUUAGCACUUAGCUGUGAUAAUGCUCCAGUGAUGGUUGGCUCAAAGAAUGGUGUUGCCGCUGUGAUUAAGACAGCAAAUCCAGAAAUUUUUGUUGUUGGCUGUCCUUGCCAUUUAGUACACAUUGCUGCUGAAAGAGGAGCUGCUGCUUUACCUAUAUCAGUUAGUGAUGUUUUGGUUGAUAUUUUUUUUUACUUAGAGAAGAGUUCUAAAAAGAAACUUGAACUUAAAGCUUUGCAAAUUUUACAUGACGUUGAUACACAUAAAAUUUUGAAACAUACUUGCACAAGAUGGCUCUCUUUGGGUAGAUGCUUAAUGAGACUUCUGGAACAAUGGGAUCCUCUGUGUAGCUUUUACAAGGAUCAAAUAAAUCGAAAGAGCAAAUGCCAUAGUCUUAAUGACUAUUCCAUACCAUUAAAAAUAUCUGCAAAUGACAACAAAGUGGAGAAUGCACAUAUUAAAAAGAAAAGGCCUUUAGAAAUAGAAAAAUCUGUGAAGAAAUUGAAGGUAGGUAAUUUCUCUAAUAGUUCAUUAAAAACUUCUGAACAAAAAUCAGAAAUGGGAAAUCCUGCAAAGAAAUUAAAAGCUGGUAAUUGUUCUAAAAAUUCUUCACCGAAAUCUUCUAAACAGGAAUCUGUUUUGACUAGGGAAGAACAAAUGCUUCUAUUUCUUUCAUCAGAUAUCUGUAAAGCUUAUUGUUUGUUUCUAAAUUAUAUCAUCCCAGUUUUUGAAAGAAGCUUAAUUACCUUACAAUCUAAUGAGCCAAAAAUUCAUAUUUUGAAUUCUUUAUUAUUAGAUUUAUUAAAAGAUUUUGUCUCAAAAUUUAUAAGAGCAGACAUUAUUAAAGGUUCUUCCCUGAUGGACAUUAACUUAGUGUCAGAGAAGAAUCAUAAAUUGGAUGAUGAUAUUAUAAUUGGUAGUGCUGCUUCCAAGUUAAUAUCAGUCUUAAAAAUGGAAGAUAAGCAACUCUUCUAUAGUAAUAUAAAAAAUUAUUAUAUUGCUGUCUGCAACUAUAUACGGCAGAAAUUUCCCUUGAAUAGUGAGUUUUUAUUAUCCGCUGAAGUUGCAGAUGUUGAUAAAUUACCUUCAAAAAGAUUCAAGGAUGUUGAUUUCUUCUUGAAAAAAUUUCCAUCGAUGUGGAUUAAUGACAAUGUUGAAGAAACUGAAGAUAUGAAAAGAGAUAAACUUUUAGAGGAAUUUAGUGAUUUGCAGAUUACUGAUUUACCUUCUGUGAUUAAACAGGAAACAAGGAUGGACAAAAAAUGGGAUGCAAUUUCUAAAAUAACAUCCAAUGAUGGAUGUUUCAAGAAGUACAGUAGAAUAGCAAAAAUCAUGGUAGCUAUAUUAAGCAUACCUCACAGUAAUGCAGAAUGUGAAAGGGUAUUUAGCAUAGUAAAAAAAAAUAGAACACAGUUCAGAAAUUCUUUGUCUGAUAAAUCUCUAGAGGACAUUCUGAUUGCCAAAACCACGCAAACUGGAUGUUGUUAUGAGCAGACCUUCGAUAAAGGAUUCUUAAAAGCAGCUAAGUCUGCUACAUAUGAACUUUUUAAAGCAAUAAUUGUUUUUAAUUAAGUCUAUUUAAUUUUUUUCCUUUUUGUAUUAAUCUAGAAAUUUAAUUUUUAAAUUGUGAUUAAGUGUAAAUAUGUGUUUAAACAAUUGUAUAAUAAAAUACUCAAGAUUUAAAAAAUGUUUUUAUUGUUUUCACAAUGAAUUUUUAAAAGAAAAUAAUUUAUUCAAAAUUGACAAGUGUAUUUAGUAACAGAUCUUAAUUUUGUGUAAAAAGGUCCUAUAAUAACACUUUCUGUAUAACACUAUGUCGAGUAAAACACUAACUCAGAAUUGUAAGGUCGUGCAGAUUACAAUGUUGGCAGGUCUGAUUAUAUUUAGUUUUACUUCAACUAUUGUGUGCAACUGGCAUAAUCAUAAAUACAGACCAGAUGGUCAUUAUAACCUUCAUUAAUAAAGUUAAAGUGUUUUGUAUUUAUAUGAGGAUACACCAUAGUAUCUACUUUUGACUCUUAAGGGCGAUCAUUUCAUCUAUUUUGCUGCUUUGUUUCUGAGAUGAUUUUCUAUACUUCAUUAGGAAGUUUAGAUGGCUGUUAGAUUAUUUCUAAGGUGCAAGUACAUACUUGAUGAUGAAACUAGGAGUUACCGUUUGAAUCAUAAUGAAAAUAAUGUAUUUUGCGGCUUUGUUUCUGAAAGAGUACUAUUUAGGAAUGUCAUAUAUACUGUUAUAUUUACACUUUCAUGUGUAAAUAUAACCCAAAUACACCCAAUCCAUUCUCUAAAUAGUCAUUUUUUUUCUUGUGCCCUGUUACAAGCUCACCAGUGUAUCAUGAAGAGAUGUCAGGGUUCUCCUGUCAUUCACUGUGAGUGGGUCAAUAGGAAGAGUUGUGAUAAUUGGGGAAAUAAAGGCUCUGAUUAAUUUUAAAAUAGAUACCAUGACUGAAAUUCUGUGUAGUAUUUCAGCAAUUUAGUUGUUUGUCAAUUGAAUUGUUAUAAUUAUUUGUGAUGAUGACAAUAAAUCCAUUCUCUGAUUCUAUUCUUCUAUCUAACACCCUGUUAUACACUGUAACAGCCCAUUAGUGUUUGACAGAGGAGUUUCAGGGUUCUCCUGUUAUUUUCUUUGUCCAGCACCUUGGGUGGGUGAAUAAAUUAGUUGAAGAACAGAUAUGAAUGAAUGUAAGGCUCUGAUUA